AGACCCGCCCCCUGUCGCCGCCCCUGGCGGAUUGCGGAGUGAGGUCCUCGCGGUGUCGCUUCGACCGCCGCGAACGCAGGUCUUUGAAGGUGUCCAAAUAUUAGCUUUAUAGAUAUUUUGUUUCAGAAAUGGCAGACGUUCCAGAUAUGGAAGAGCAGUUGGUGUUGAUCGAUAAUGAACUACGUGCCUUGGAGAUUCAGAUUCAGGAACUUCUGGACAGGCAGCAGGUGCUGCAGAAAAAAAAGCAAAGACUGAAGGAAAAAAUAGACAAACUAUCUGACAACGACGCUGGAUCCAGCACAAAGCCAAAUCCAGCCGAAGCAGAUUGGAACAAGAAAGGUUUCAAAUGGUCCCAGAAGAUUGAUGAGGUUUUCAAGAAAGUGUUUAAACUGCAGACAUUCCGCCCUUUGCAGCUUCAGGCCAUCAACGUUACGAUGGCAGAAAAGGAUUUGUUUCUUAUAAUGCCCACUGGAGGAGGAAAGAGCUUGUGCUAUGAGCUGCCGGCUCUGUGCUCCACAGGAUUCACUCUGGUAAUCUGUCCAUUGAUCUCCCUGAUGGAAGAUCAGCUAAUGAUUUUGGAACAGCUUGGGAUUUCAUCCACUAUGCUGAAUGCUAGCAGCACAAAGGAACAUGUCAAGUGGGUUCAUAAUGAAAUGCUUAACCAAUCCUCCAAGUUAAAACUUCUGUACGUGACACCAGAGAAGAUUGCUAAAAGUAAAGUCUUCAUGUCCAAACUGGAAAAAGCAUAUCAAGCUGGAUGUCUAGCCCGCAUUGCUGUGGAUGAAGUUCAUUGCUGCAGCCAGUGGGGACAUGACUUUAGGCCUGAUUAUAAGAGUCUCGGUAUCCUGAAGCGCCAGUUCCCUAAAGCUCCUUUGAUAGGACUGACCGCAACUGCCACAAGUCAUCUCUUGGAGGAUGUGAAGAAAAUUCUGUGUGUUCCCAAAAGCAUCACAUUUACAGCUUCAUUUAACCGACCCAAUCUCUUUUACGAGGUUCGACAGAAACCAGCAAAUUUUGAAGACUGUAUUGAAAAUAUUGUUAAGCUCAUUAAUGAACGAUAUAAAGGAAAAUCAGGAAUCAUUUACUGUCUUUCUCAGAAAGAUACUGAACAGGUCACUGUCAGCCUGAAGAAGCUGGGUGUUGCUGCUGAUUCCUAUCAUGCCAACAUGGAGGCUGCUGAGAAGAGCAAAGUUCAUAAGGACUGGAGUAUCAACAAGAUACAGGUGGUUGUGGCAACAGUAGCGUUUGGCAUGGGAAUUGACAAAGCUGAUGUACGAUUUGUGAUUCAUCACACUCUGAGCAAAUCCAUGGAGAAUUACUACCAAGAAAGUGGGCGAGCAGGUCGAGAUGAUGGCAAUGCUGAUUGCAUUCUGUACUAUGGAUUCGGAGACGUCUUCAGGCAAAGCACAAUGGUGGUCAUGGAGAAUGUCGGGCAGCAGAAGUUGUAUGAAAUAGUGGCAUACUGCAAUGAGCCAAACAGAUGUAGACGGGUGCUGAUGGCUGAGCAUUUUGAUGAAGUCUGGAAUUCAGCGAAGUGCAACAAUAUGUGUGACAACUGUCGCAACGGAGCAUCAUGUGAAAGUAUCGACAUAGCAAAUCAUUGUAGAGAUCUCAUCAAGAUAUUGAAACAAGCCGAGCAGUUGGAUGAGAAGGUGACUCCCCUGAAACUGAUCGACGCGUGGACAGGGAAGGGUGCUGUAAAGCUCAGGGUAGCCAGUUUGCCACCUCCAGACCUCUCCAAACCUGAAAUGCACCGAGCCAUCGUUCACCUACUGCUGGAACAGUAUUUCAAGGAAGAUUUUAGCUUCACUCCGUAUACAACCAUUUCCUAUUUAAAGCUGGGACCUAAGGCACAUAUGCUGAGCAAUGAAAAACAUUCCAUUUUCCUGCGUGUGAGAAGCAGGAGCCAAAAGGUUAAUUCCCCAGAUUGUUCCCCGAGUGCACAACAAAAAAGCGAAGUAAAGGUGGGGAAUGAGCGCAAACGGUCUCUCAUUGAAUCCCAUGGAGCAGGCAAAAAGAAAAGCAAGCUGUCUGUUCGUUAACCUAUUACAUUGCACUGAUUCAUCCAGAGGAACAAUCCUAUUCUGUUACUACCAUUAGAGGGAUGGAAAUGCUGUGGUAUCAAGCCAAUGCUUCUUUAUAUGCGUCUUUGCCAUAGGGUCAGAUCUGGACAUUGUUUAAAUAAUAAUAAUCCUUGCAUUUGAUAUAGUGCCUUAUCACGUCAUCGAGACGUCUCAAAGCGCUUCACAGCAUAUACUGUACAGUUAAUUGACUGUAUAUUUUGUGGGUGAAACACGGCAGCCAAUUAUGCACAGAUAUCAAAUGCUAUUAUUAUUAGUAGUAGUAUUAUGUGGGUGGGCAUUCAAAGCCCGUGAUUUACACAUGUGUGCCAUGAAGUUGAAAGUUAUCAGCAAGUCAAUACAUUUUUUUACUUUUUUAUUAGUUUGAGUUGAUAUGAUAAACAAAAAAUGCACAGGUCAUUUCCAAAUACUGUAUAAGCAAAUAAUUACCUGCUGACCAAAAAAAGUUGUAAAAUAUCUUGUUAUAAAUAAAAGCUAUUUACACAUUUAUCAA